UUCAGGUCUUUUGCCCAUUUUUCCAUUGAUGAUUGGUUUUUUUGCUGUUGGGUUGUAUAAGUUGCUUAUAUAUUCUAGAGAUUAAGCAGAAUGGGCUUUCUUUUUCUUCUUUUUAUAGGAAAAACACACAUCUGUAUAAAUAAGUUGCCUAUAUACUGCAAAAUUUGCAUCAUUCUUCUAAAAGAUCCCGAUUCUACACUUAAGUAAAUAUAAGUACAACUGUAAGAGAUAGCUUCUAGAUAGAAUAUAAAAGAGAAGAGAGUGUGCGAGUGAGGGAAGAGAGAGGUCUUCAUUCAGAGUUGAGGUAACACAGCUUUUCACUUCCUUUCUGGACCAUCUACUUUCUUCAGACACCCCACUGUCAGCAUAUGGUGGCCUCAGUGUUUAAAGACUCUUAUCAUGGGCCAGUUGUCUCCCCUCCCUUCCAGAGACCCCGUGUCCUCCUGAAUUGGAAGAUCUCCUAGUGCCUAAAAAUAAAAGGAUUGAAUGAUCUUAACACUACCUCUGUCUAGAACCUCCGAGAUCCCAAGACCUGAGGUGGCGAUUCUGGGACACCUGCCGUGAGCAUCGAAGUAGCUCCAAACCUCCUCUGCCUCCGUGUGGCUUCCCUGGGUGCCAAGUCUCUGUUGUACCUGCUGCCACUUCUCCAUCCCCUUCCACCUUUCUCCAGGUAGAUUACAGGUAGUUUCAUCUACACAGAUAGUCUAAGACUUUUUUUCUAUGGGCUGGAAUGUGCACAUGAAGGACACAUGGGAGAAACACAACCCCUCCCAGAGUCACUGACAUUAUAUUGGACAUUAGAUGGUUAUAACAUCCAGAUGAGUCCAGAACAGGCUUCCUGUGUUGUGCAAGCCUGUGGUAAAGCAGCAAAAUGAAGCCCCACACCCUCUAAGAAGAUGAUGAAGGAGAGUGGAGGCUCAAUUACAGAACUUAUUUUUGUUUUUAAUUUUUCUUGGCUGCGUCCAUGGUGUGUGGAAGUUCCCAGGCCAGGGAGUGAACUGUCACCAGAGUAGUGACAAUGCCAGAUCCUUAACCAGUAGGCCUCUAGGGAACUCUCCAGAACUUAUUCUUAAAACAAUGUUGAGUUGGACCCAGUGGCAUGAAUGACGGUCAGGUGUCUGGGGAAAAGAGGAGGAGAGAAAGAGGAGAAAAUGGAAGACAAGACAGAUAAAUUAUAGUCAAAGGGCAGGGAAAGAGAUGAAGGAUUCAGGGGAGAAAGAACGGGGUGACAAUUUGGAGUGGCUUUGGAACCACCUAUAUAACCUCAGGAAAUUAUGAUCUUGAAAGUCAGAUUAUACCUGAAAUGUUCUGUAUCUUUCUGCAUGGUUUUAAUUACUAAAAUAUAUACAUUACGUUCAGUAGACAGGAUAGAAGCACCGUGACAGCUUUAUUUAUAUCACCAUUUUAACAAAUAGUGGUGCUUUAACCAGAAAUUGAUGGUUUUAUGUUAAUGGCAUUUAUCUCAUCUCUCUCUUUCCUGUUCAUGCUGCUCCUCUCUUCCCCUGACCUUUCUGGUCACCAAGCCCAGUCCAGGCAUUCAGGCAUAUGAUUUACUUCCUGAGAAAAGUGGCCCAUUAUUUGUUCCACUAGCAGUGGGACGAUAACGCCUCUCCCUGUGUCCUUGGUGAGCAGUAAGUAAUUCUGGAAUGCAGCUCUUCCCCCAGCCCCGCUAUAAAGGAAGCCCUCCCUACUGCCCGCCUGCAGCCCACUCUGGAUGUCCCAGCUGCGGUCCUCUUGGUGACAUGGAGCGACUCCUCCCUCCGUUGACCCUUCUCCUUGUGGUCCUGCUGUUUCCAGGAUUUUCCAGAGCCACGUAUGCUAAUUACCAAGGUACCAAGGGUCCCAGAGAACUAAAGGGAGAAUACCCUGGACAAGAAACAAACAAGUCUCACCUGUUACGCCACCAAGUAAAACGCUACCUCUUGCCACGCACUCCCCCUUUCCAGGAACCUGAACCAAAUUUCAAAGUUAUCAACUGCAAGAGAAGUGAAGGCAGAUGUCAAAACUUUUGUAAUUAUAUGGAAAUGCAAAUUGGCUACUGCUCUAAAAACAAAGAUCCCUGCUGUUUACCUCAGAACUGAGGCUGUUGACCUGGGAGCCAAAGCUUUGUCCACUGCUUGUUCUCCAGAGCCUACAAGCCAGAUACAGAUGUUUUGGAGAAGGGGCUGAAAAAGAGAGGAGCUGAGGCUUUGUCAUCUGUGCCAGAUAGUUUAAACAUUUUAUUGCAGAAAAAUAAAAGACAGAAACCGGCUAAAUGUCAUCGUUUGACAUGACCUUAGAGAAAAUGACUGAGCUUGUGACGAACAGUGAGUUCUGAAUCACACACACUUUUUACUUGUAGAUGUCGAUGAAUAAAUUUUCAUGAGAAAGCA